AUGAAACAAACCAUCUUGAAUCCUUCAAUAAUAAGAAUUAGAUCUUAUGCUACCAGCACUAACAUAAAGGACUUCCACGAUAAACAUCAAUUGCCUCAUUGGACUUCAGAUCCUAAGAAAUUAUUUGGUUUGGAUAAUGAUAUGAAUCUUACCCCCAAAGAAACGGAUCUUUUCAUUAAAUCAAAUUAUAACAAAUUCCUUAAGAUAUAUCAUCCAGAUAUAAUCAAUAACAUAGAAGUACAUGACGAAAAGAAUAAACUUAUGAAUAAUGAAGAAAAACGUAAAAGAUUUGAUGAAAUACAGAAACAUUACGAUAUACUUAAGAAUCCAGUAAGAAGAAAUGCAUAUUUAAGAAGUGAUGUUACAUGGGAAGAUUAUAAGUACAAAACACAUAGAACAGAUCGUAAUUCGACAUUUGGGAACUUUGAAACUUUCAGAAUGUCCAAUAGUCAUAGAAGACAAUAUAAUUUCGAUAAUAAUGAAGAAUUUUGGAAAGCAGGUACUUGGGAAGAUUACUAUAAGAUGAAAUAUGAUAAAACUCCUCCAACUAGAGAACAAUUUGAAAAAAACAAGUUCAAAAUUCUUUAUGCUGUACUUAUGGUUAUGGGGAUUACUACCACUAUUCAAUUGAUAUUGGCAUUUGAUAAAUCCAGAAGAAUGAACUAUGAAAUCAACUUAACUAAUCUCAAGCUUUUACAAGAAAUGAAUUAUGAUGUAGAACCUGAUACUCCACUUUCCAGUAUCAGAAGAUUACUUAUCAAUAGGAGAUCUAAAGAAAAUGAUAUUGAAAAAUUAAGACAAAUGGAAGUUGAAGAUGCACAAUUAUUAACUAAUUAUGCUAAGAAACGAGUAGAGAAGUUCCAAGACCCUCAACCCAUUACUCCCUCAAAGGAUUAG